AUGACCGAGCUCAUAAUCUGCAUCCUCCCAAUAUUUAUCAUCAAGCCUGUUCAGGUCUCUUUCCGGAAGAAAAUGACUGUGGUCGUUGCAUUUGCAUUUCGCAUAUUUGUAAUUAUUGCGACCAUUAUUCGACUCGCCUUCAUGCAGAAAUCCCCGUCUUCCGCAGACAUGACGACGUACGCCUUCCAAACCACCGUCAUCACCCAAUGCGUCCUUUGCGUCAGUCUCAUGACCGCGUGCAUACCAUGUUUAAAGCCUUUCCUCGAUGCUUUCGAGACUGGAAUGCUCAAUGUUACUUUGCAUAAACGGAUCGGCGGUGGAAGCAACAGUAACUCGUACGGCAAUUCAUAUGCAUUGGCUGGGAUGAGCCGAGGGAAGAGGGAAUCUGUGAUCACAUCUCAAUACGUGGAGGAUGAGAUAGAAAUGUUGGGUUCCUCGGCAGCUGCCUUUGCAGUAACGUACCCCGAGGAUCUACCGGUAGACAGAAGCCCUACCAUGGCGAUUCAGAGGACGGACCAAUGGAGUGUGAGGCAUGAGUAUGUCGAUACGAAGGCUUUGGAGGACACAGGGUCAGAAACGAGUGCAAAUCGAGUGGGGCAGGCAAUAUAG